AUGAUUACUUUCAUAUAUCAAUAUCUAAUUCUAAUUGUUCAAUUCAGUAUAGGAUUAACUGCAUACAAAAAUGAAAUAGAACAUAAAAACAAUUGGAUAAAACCUAUAAUAACUCAUUCACCUUCAGAUGUAUUUUCAACAGAUAGUGUACUUGAAUUUACAUGUCAAGCUACUGGAUAUCCAAAACCUAUAAUUGUAUGGUAUGAUGCAAUGACUGGUAAACAAGUUAUUGAUGAAAUACCAAGUAGUGGAACAACUUCUGGUAUACAUGUAAAUCAACAUUAUGGUAAACUAUUAGUUUCUAGUCCUGAAAGAGGUAAAUUGUAUUCAUUUUAUUGUAAUGCUUCAAAUUCAGCCGGAUGGACAAUAAGUCAACCACCAGUACGUGGUGGUUCAGUUUAUAUAAGUUCCCAAUUUAAACAAAUACCAGUGGAUAAAACUGUUCAUGAAGGUGAUAAAGUUGUAAUGGAAUGUAUUCCUCCAAUAGGAUUACCUGAAGUCAAGGUCUACUGGUUGAAAAAUAAUAAUUUGAUUUCUGCUCAGAAUGGAGUAAAACCUAAGAAUAAUAUCUCUGUGAUAAAUGAGUUGAAGUCGAAUAUUGAAAUAUCAAUCGAUGGAAGUUUGCAUAUAAAUCCUGUCACUAUUAAAGACAGCGGAACAUAUACUUGUGUGGCGUCUAAUAUUGCCGGUGAACAAGUUUCGCCUUCAGCCUAUCUGAUAGUUAAGUCACGUACUCGAUUCCUGGAAACUCCCGUAGAUAUUAGGGUCAAAAAGGGACGUGAUAUCAAGCUGAAAUGCAAAGUUGAAGGAAAUUAUGUUGUUAAAUGGAAACGAGGCCCUGGUGAAGAACCAAUAGAUCCGCAUCGAGCUGAACUGACUGAAAGUUAUCUCCUUAUCAGAAACGCUCAGAUUUCAGACUCUGGUACAUAUAUUUGCACUGCUGCUGGAGGUAUUGAAGCUGAUGCCACGGUUACAGUUGAUACACCACCAGCAUUUUCUGUCACACCCGAUGAUCUGACCGUUAACGAAGGAGAAACUGCAGUGUUUCAUUGUAUAGCUGCAGGGCAUCCAUUGCCAUCAAUUUAUUGGGAACUUCCAGAUAAAACACCGAUAUUUCCUGGUGAUCAAACAAUUAAUGAAUUUCAUAAUGGCAAACAUUAUCUAACUCCUGAAGGAAGUUUGGAAGUUAGAGAUGUCAGACAAAAAGAUUCUGGUAAAUACCAAUGCACAGCGCAUUCAUCUAUCGAUACAAUUCAUACGAGUGCAACAUUGCACGUCAUUAACCAAUCUAAGAAAAAGGUGGAUUCAUCGAAAGAUGUAUAUUCAAUUUCUGAAAACGAACCAAGCCAAUUUUCUAUAUCUAAUUUUUAUUGGCUAGCCCCUAUAAUAGGACUUCCACCUCCAAACCAAACACGAACUGUGGGUGAGAUAGUCACCUUGGAUUGCGAACUGGGAUUAACUAGAGGCUUGCCUGGAUCUUUGGCAUCAACAUUGCCCUAUUCAGAUCUAUCUGAUUGGUCUAUUGGAUGGUAUAGGUCUACGAAGGAUGGUGUAAAGGAAAAUAUAGACAUCUCAAACCUGCCUUAUGAUCAGCGUUACACUUUGCUUCCACGAGGUAGCCUUCAGAUAUCAAAUUUACGAAUAGAAGAUUCUGGAAAUUAUACAUGUAUUGCAAAAGCAGUUAUCAAACCUUACAUAGAUGAGAGUUUGGUGUCAUUUACUUUGCAAUCCAACUGGACCUCUUACUUAGAUGUUGUACCUGAAGGAUCACCGGCAACGGCACCUAUCAUCAACGAAAGUCCUCUUCCUCCGCCAGAAAACCUAAAAGCUACUAAUGUGACGUCAUCGACUGUCAUACUAGUUUGGGAUCUACCAUUUCCACCAUCUAUUUCGCAAGAAUUCACACGAGGUAGCCCAAUGAAUUCUCGUCAGAUUACCUAUUGGGUAGAGCUCUAUAGACCUGAUAGACCAACAGAUGGAUGGAUAGUGGUUGAGAAAAAUUGGCAUGCACAUACUGUACAGUUAGGAGGAUUACAACCAGAAACUAUAUAUUAUUUUUUAAUUAGACCUCGCUGGAAUGAAGGAAGAGUAGGUUGGGCCAGCGCCCCUCUGGGUCCAGUUUUAACUUUAAAAGAACAAGUUGUAAGUCAUCAAGAAGUUCAACUAUCGGACAGAGAAACUUUGAAGUCCUUUAAAAAUGUUAACUUAAUAUUGUUACAUUUGUAUCCACUUUCACCUAAAAGGGUGCGAGUUAGCUGGUCCAUUACAGAAGCUCUCCCUGUACUAUCAUUGGUAAAAGGUUAUUCAGUUUAUCACAGAGAAGUCCCCAUGAUGCAGUGCAUUUCUAACAAACUCGAGGGUAUUUACUCAGAUACAACUGGACUAACAACAAAAAAUGGGGAAAGAAUGUACUGCAGUAUCAAAUCUACCACCUCCCUAGAUUCACAUUCUCUAUUUCGUCUUGAAACAAUGCAAACUCUACAACAAAAUCUUAAGAAUAAGCAAGAACAGGAAUUAAAUAACGCAACAUCAGACCGGUGGACAAUCAUCGAUAUCAAAACUCAAUAUCAGAAAGAUAGGAAAUAUAGUGAGAUUCAUAAUGCAUUAACAAUUCAAGAAACUAGCCUUUUACGUGAUCUUGAAGCUUUUCGAUGCUAUGAAAUCAAAGUUAAAGCAUAUUCAUCUAAUUCUUUGAUGAAAAAUAUUGAAAGCCGAGAAAGUAAUACACUUAAAGUUUUAACUUUUGAAAGUUUUCCAAGUUCACCACCGGAUAAAAUAUUUGCUGUAUGGAUAUCUAAUACAACUAUAGAACUCUCAUGGGAUCCACCACCUGUAAACCAUUGGAAUGGAUUAUUAAUGGGUUAUAUAAUUUAUGUAUAUGAUGAAGAUGCAAGUAAUCAUCAAAAUUUCAAUUUAUCUUAUACUGAACAAAAGACAUUAAUUAAAGGAUUAACUGGAAAAACUAUAUAUUUUGUUCAAAUAGCUGCAGUUACAUGUAAAGGAAUUGGAGUACGAAGUGCACCUAUUCAAUUAAAACCAGAUUUACGUAAAAAAGGAUUAGGUGUUGGUUGGGGUUUUGAUAUACAAACUGGUAAACUUUUACAAUUUAUGAAUAUUGAAAGAAAAGAAAUUAAUGAUAAAAGGGGGGAAGAUUUUAUAAAUCAACCAUGGCUUAUUGUGACAGUGAUAUGUAGUUUAUUAGUAUGGUGUGCUACUGUUGCUUUGAUAACAUUUUGUUGUAGAUAUCAACGUUAUCGAUUUAGAAAAUCUCCUGGUACUGUACUUAUAACCAAUCAUUCACAAUGUGGCUCAAUAGCUGAUGGAUCUAACAAUAUUAGCACAAAUAUAAAUAAUUCCAUAAAUGAAAAUAAAAUUUCCAAAAGUUCACAUCUUUUACAAAAAGAUCAUGUUCAAUUGGAACCAUUAUUAAGAUCAGAAACACCAAAUAUAGAAAAUGAUAAUUGUUUAGAAUCUAUAGAUAAAGGGAAAUAUGUUGGAUGGCAUCAUUAUCCAUCAACUACUCAAAAUCAAACUUUACAUAAUAUGACUACUAAUUCCCAUAAUGAGUUUAAUAAUACAGAGUCAUGUGAUACUCAAUUCAAUUCAUUCAAUCCAGCACUUUUAGCAUUGUCUCAUUCUCCAUGUAUACUGAAUGAAACUAGAUUGGAUGCUGGAUUGUAUGCUACAGCAGAAAAUGUUACUAAUACAAUCGUACAUAAUAACCAUCAUCCAAAUAUUCAAUCUAACAACACCCAAACGAAUCAUCAUAUACUUCAAGGGCCAAAUACAUUAAUACCUUUCCCAAAUGAUUGUACUUCACGUACAUCUUAUUUAAGUUAUCAAUCUCAUAUUAUCCCACAAUCUCAAAUCAAUACUAAUAUCCCAAAUGGAUAUCAUAAUAUAGAUCAAAAUUUGUCUUCAGUAACAAGAAUUGGUUUAACUAGUUUACCUUUAAUAGCACCAGUAGCUCCAAUUAAUAGUUUACAACAUAUAAACGAAUCAAUACCAUCUUCUCAUUCAAUACAUGAUUGUCAUGGACAAAUACCACAAUUGACUGUAGCACCUUAUGCAACUGCAUCUCUUAUUCAUAAUGCAUUAAAUGGUAAUAAAAAUACCUCAACAAAAAAUUGUACUUCGCCAACAUUUUAUACUAUGAACAAUGGUGUUUAUGAUGACAAUAUUGAUACACCUAGUGAAUUAACUUAUGAAUUCGAUGAAAAUGUAACUCCUUCUGUAUCUACAAAAUGUAAUGUACUUCAAACACAAUUACAAACUAAUCAACCAUCAUAUACAAAUGCUUGUUAUCGAACAAGUAAUAAUGAAGAAAAUGGGAACUUACCACAGUUUUCUCCACCAGGACAACAUGAUCUAGUUGAAUGUUCACAAAGACAAGAGAUUAGAAAUAAAUCAAACUCGGCAACAUCUAGUAGUUUAACAAAUGAUGAUGAAAAAUCUUAUAGAUGGAAAAAAAUAGCAACAGCAGAUGAAUCGGAUAGUAAUUAUUUUAAACAAAAUCAUUCAAAAAUGAUAGUAACCAUGACAACAACUACAACACCAACAGCAACAACAUCACAGCAACAAAAUUCCUUCACAUCAAAAUCUGAACAAGGUGAAGGAUAUUUAUUUUGUUAUAAUGAUAAACAAAUAAUACUACCACCACCACCAAAAUCACCUCCACCUCCAGCACCAAGAUAUAAUCAUACUAUACAUGAUAAUAAUGAUAAUAUAAUCAAUUAUCAAUGUUCACCUAUAAAAAUUGAUGAACAUCAAGAAUAUUCAUCUUCAUCAUCAUUAUCAUCAUCAUCAUCAUUAACCCAUACACGACAUACAUCUGCAUCAAUUACUAAUGAUAUGAAAUCAAUUCCAAAAUCUUAUCCAAUGAUAAUAACUAGUAAACAUAAAGAAACAGAGUAUCUGUUCAGUACUAAUAACCAUGAUCAUCAUCAUCAUCAACAUCAACACAAUAAUCACUCACCUAUCAAUGAACAAAAUAUAUACUACUCAAAUUUUUAUAGUAGUGAUGAUGAAAGAGAAAAUGAACAAAUUCAGAAUAAAAAAUCAAUAAAUGAAUCAAUAAUGAAUGGUACAAAGUAUUCUGAUCAGCAUCCUCAUCAACAUCCUUAUCAACAACAUCAACAUCAACCUUAUCAACAUCGAGAUCCUUCAUUAAAUUCAUCUUAUUCAAUAGAUAAACAAUCAUUUAUACAAAAACCUAUAAUGUCAUUGAAUGAAAAUGAAUUACCUAAUACUGCAUCAUCAACAACAUUUUGUAUUAAAUUAAAUCCAGAAGAACAUUCUAGUUCAACUUAUGCUCAAGUAUAUUAAGCUUAUAUAUACAUAGAUCAAUGAGGAUUCUUUACAUAGCAACCUAUGUUGCUAUGUAGUAACUAUAAUGUAUUUACAUGUAAGAUGUAUUAUAUAAGAAAUAUAUAUAUAUAUAUUGUACAUUAUUCAAUUAUUGUUUCUACAUCAAAUAGGA